GAAUCCUGCUACUGCUAGUGCUAGCUGCUCCGGAAUCCAAGCCUUUCGGCAUUACAUUUUUUGGAUAUUAUUUGUAGAGAAAUGUCUAUGGCCUUCAUUAGGAUCCCAUGCUGCCGUAAAUAUUACAUUCAGUGAAUCAGUGUUUGCCAGGAUGAAUUAUGCACGGACUUCCACAAUAUGUUGGCGGUACCACCGCAAGAUGAUGGCUGCGGUCGUCAUCGUAUCUGCACUUUAUUUCUUUGUGUCCAUUGCACUGACUAAAAAGGGCAUACCCAAUGAAGACGUACAGGGUUCGAAUCUUGAGACAUUCCAUCGGAAAAAAGGAGUGCACGAGAGGGAUGGAAAGCAUCAUCGUCAUCAGGGAAAGAACCCUUCGAGGAAGAUUCAUAGGAUACCCCACAAUGCUCUGCCGGCGGAGGGCAUCAAGGGCCUCGCCAAGGGAGCGCAGCAGGGUCAGGUGAAGCAGAAGGAGGAGGAAUUUUCGAGCAGUUCUACCUCGAGCUCAGCCGAUAGUCCAGGGCAGAAACAAAGCGAUCCAAAGGCAAACAAACCAAGUAAGAGGUUUCCUCAGGCCAUCAUCAUCGGUGUGAAGAAAGGUGGAACGAGGGCGCUCCUUAAUUUUAUUUCCUUGCAUCCUGACGUAGCAGCAGCUACAAGGGAGAUGCACUUCUUUGAUCGAUACUAUGAUAAAGGGCUUGAAUGGUACAGGUAAGAAUCAUAGAAUUCUUUGAGAUUGAGAUUGAAAUUGAGAGAGAGAGAGAGAGAGACAGAGACAGACAGACAGACAGACAGUGAGAGAGAUAGAGAGAAGAGGAUGGGGGCAUGGGAUGGUUAACAACUUUACAUGUACAUGUAGGUUUAAAGGGAAUCCAACCCAAAUAAAAACUUGUUUUUAUAAGAAAAAGAAAAAUCAGACAAGUUGAUAGGUGAAAGUUUGAACAAUAUUGGACAAACAACAAGAAAGUUAUGAAUUUUUAUAAGUUGUAAAUAUUGGUAAUCACUUUUACCACAUGGAGACUUCAAAUUGGCUGCAUAUGGGAUGUCAUAGUGAUGUAAGGCAAGGACUACUCUUCCAUGUACUCCAAUACAUAUUAUGGCUAAAAUGUCAUUUUUCCCAAAAGUUUUAUUUCAAAUUAUAUUUUGCUUUCAUGAGGACAUAAAACAAUAUACUACCUGGGUUAUAUUUAGAUUACUGCCCCAGGGGAAUGGGUACUUGAGAGAAAACCACAAACCCCUGAUAAUGAAGUACAUGACCUAUGGGAAACUUGUCCUUGCCCCUUGUCAUAAUUUACUUACCCAGUUGCCAAUUUGAAAUCUACAUACUAUUAGUGAUCUCAAUUUUAAAGCAGCUAUAACUUUCUUAUUGCUUGUCCGAUUUCUUUCAAACUUUCACCAUUCUGUUUAAUUUAUUUUUCUCCUUCCCAACACAAUAUUUUAUGGCCAAGGCUAGAUUCCCCUUUAAUAUUAGGCAGAGGUCAAAUUUGGCAGCUUACAUGAUUGUGAUCAGUAGUUCAUACUACCAUACUAUUCUUGCUAUGAUCUUUGGGCUAUUUGAUUGUAGUUUGUAUCAAAUGGGUGAAAAUACCACAUCCAAAAUAUUAUCAGAAACUUUUUUAGAAAUAGAUAGCAUCAGUAAAUUGAUGGUUUGUGGCUGAAUUCAUACUCAAGCACUUUUAUAGAAUUGUACAGUUCUACAGAAGAAAGAUGACCACAGAUGAUGAACUACUUUUGAUAUUAAAGAUCUCUUAAAAUUAGAUUAUGGUUUAUCAGAUCAUCCUAGAUAUUGUGUUUUCUUGCUCUACAGUAUAUAAGGCCUACUUUUUUUUUUACAGUCUACUAAUAACGCAGCUUCCUUUAUCUCUUUAAAAAGUAGAUUAUUGUUUAUCAGAUCAUCCUAGAAUGUUUUCUUGCUCUAUAUAGGCCUACUUUUUUUAAUCAGAUUUUUUUUACAGUCUACUAAAUAUGACGCAGCUUCCUUUAUCUCUUAAAAAGUAGAUUAUGGUUUAUCAGACCAUCCUAGUAUGUUUUCUCGCUCUACAUAUAGGCCUUCCUUCUUUUUAAAUUCAAGAUUUUUUUACAGUCUACUAAUAUGACGCAGCUUCCUUUAGUUCUUAAAAAGUAGAUUAUGGUUUAUCAGAUCAUCCAGUGUUUCCACAGAUUCAAAAUAAAUUUCCUGAAACUGAAUCCAAAAUUUAUCAAAAUUCAUAGACAUCUCCUGGAAUUUUCAAUUAUAAUU